AUGGCGGCGGCGACCGGCGCAGGCGCGGUGAGCGAGGGGAUGCGGCGGCUCACGCAGCUCUCCCUCGUCUCCAAGGUCUGCUCGGAGCUGGAGUCCCACCUCGGCGUCGCCGACCGCGUCCUCGCCGAGUUCGUCGUCGACCUGGGCCGCGCCUCCGCCUCCGCCGCCGCCUUCGCCGCCGCGCUCAGGGACCACGGCGCCGAGCUGCCGGACUACCUCGUCCGCUCCCUCCACGCCGUCAUCGCCGCCAUCCCCGACACCGCCCCGGCCCCCGCUGUCCCCACCUCCCGUGGUGCCCACGGUACAGGGGCGCGCGUGGACAGGGCGGCGGGGGAGGACGAGGACGAGGACCACGAGCUGGAGCCGGAGCUGCACCAGGGGUCGAUGAGCCGUGCGGCAGUAAUGCAGUCUGCGUUUAUUAAGGAGAGGCGUGAUAUUCGCACCCAGGAGCAAAGAGGAAUGGUUGAUGCAAUCCCCAAGGACCUUAAUCGGUCAUGGGAGGAUCCCAUGUCAAGUGGUGGAAGGUAUCUGAUGCAGGAGCUCAUGGGCACUGGACUAUCAGCACAGAGUGUGCCGGAAUGGAAGAUGACAUAUGGGAAGGUCGGUACAUAUGGGCAGAAGUUGAGGCAUUCGAUUCAGGAGCAGAGACAAAGCCUUCCAAUAUUCAGGCUGAAAAAGGAGCUGAUCAAUGCUGUUAAUGACAACCAAGUUGUGGUGGUUAUCGGUGAGACUGGCUCAGGGAAAACAACCCAGGUUACGCAGUACCUCGCCGAGGCAGGGUAUACUACAAAGGGAAAGAUUGCAUGUACUCAACCUCACGGGGUUGCUGCAGAGUCGAUUGCAAAGCGAGUAUCAGAGGAGGUUGGUUGUCGAGUGGGUGAGGAAGUUGGUUAUUCUAUACGCUUUGAUGACUGCACAGGACCUGAAACUGUCAUCAAGUACAUGACAGACGGCAUGCUCCUACGAGAGAUUUUGAUGGAUGGAGACCUGUCUUCUUAUUCAGUGGUCAUGCUUGAUGAGGCACACGAGAGAACCAUCUACACUGACAUUCUCUUCAGCUUGCUAAAGCAGCUAAUUAAGCGGAGAAGUGAUCUCAAGUUAAUAGUCACUUCAGCCACUCUUGAUGCGGAGAAGUUCUCUGGUUAUUUUUUCGAUUGCAAUAUUUUCACAAUUCCUGGAAGAACGUUUCCAGUUGAGAUAUUACAUACAAAACAGCCAGAGAGUGAUUACAUGGAUGUUGCACUGAUCACGGUAUUGCAGAUCCAUCUUACUGAACCCAAAGGAGAUAUCCUAUUGUUCCUGACUGGCCAGGAAGAGAUUGAUCAUGCUUGCGAGCGUCUCCAUGAUAGGAUGAAGGCAUUCGGUGGGGACAUACCAGAGCUGAUCGUUUGUCCUGUGUACAGUGCUCUUCCUACUGACGUUCAAUUAAAGAUAUUCGAACCGGCUCCUCCUGGUAAGAGGAAGGUGGUUGUGGCCACCAACAUAGCGGAAGCAUCUAUUACCAUAGAUGGGAUUUACUAUGUUGUUGACCCAGGCUUCGCGAAGCUAAAUGUCUAUAACCCAAAACUAGGGCUAGAUUCACUGGUUAUCACCCCGAUCUCUCAGGCGUCAGCUAAGCAAAGAGCAGGGCGUGCUGGACGUACAGGUCCAGGUAAAUGUUAUCGUCUAUACACUGAGAGUGCCUAUCGCAAUGAAAUGCCACCAACAACGACUCCAGAAAUUCAGAGGGCCAACUUGGGGUGGACGGUUCUUAAUAUGAAGGCAAUGGGAAUAAAUGAUCUUUUGUCAUUUGACUUCAUGGACCCUCCAGCAUCUCAAGCACUCAUAUCGGCUAUGGAACAACUGUACAGUCUUGGUGCCUUAGAUGAAGAGGGUCUUCUUACCAGGCUAGGGAGAAAAAUGGCUGAAUUUCCACAAGAACCACCUCUUUCUAAGAUGCUCCUUGCUAGUGUAGACCUUGGAUGCAGUGAUGAAAUACUGACAAUCAUUGCAAUGAUUCAAACUGGGAACAUAUUCUAUAGACCAAGGGAGAAGCUAGCACAAGCAGAUCGGAAAAGAUCAAACUUUUUCCAGCCGGAAGGUGAUCAUCUCACCCUACUCACUGUGUAUGAGGCAUGGAAGGCAAAGGGUUUUUCAGGACCAUGGUGUGUUGAGAAUUUCAUUCAGGUAAACUCACUAAGGAGGGCUCAGGAUGUGCGAAAACAGCUUCUUGAGAUAAUGGACAAGUUCAAGCUCAACGUCAUCUCUGCCAGGAACAAUUCCACCAAGAUAGGGAAAGCCCUCGCUGCUGGAUUCUUUUUCCACGCUGCAAGGAAGGACCCCAGUGGAGGGUACCGGACCCUCGCUGAUCAUCAGCAGGUUUACAUCCACCCGAGCAGCGCCCUCUUUAACCAGCAGCCACAGUGGGUGAUCUACCAUGAAAUUGUUAUGACAACGAAAGAGUAUAUGAGGGAGGUCACGGCGGUGGACCCAAGAUGGCUAGUAGAGGUGGCACCGAGGUUCUACAGGUCAGUGGACCCAACGAAGAUCAGUAAGCGAAAGCGCCAAGAAAGGAUCGAGCCUCUGUAUGAUAGAUACAAUGAACCCAACUUGUGGCGCCUGAGCAAGGGCCGCUGGUGA